GCGUCGCACAUUGCCGAUAAGUUUGCUAUCGAAACGGAACGGAACAGCAAAAACCAACAUUAAUUGCGGAAAAUUGCACGAAACGGCGUUGCGAGCUAUUUGUCAGGACAAAUCGCGAUAUAUCCAACAUGGAGGUCGACGAGGAAGAGUUCGAGGUGCCCUCCAGCAGCAGCAGGGGCGAGAAGAAGCGCUUUGAGGUGAAGAAGUGGAACGCCGUGGCUUUGUGGGCCUGGGACAUCGUGGUGGACAACUGCGCCAUCUGCCGCAACCACAUCAUGGACCUGUGCAUCGAGUGCCAGGCGAACCAGGCUUCCGCCACCAGCGAGGAGUGCACCGUGGCCUGGGGCGUCUGCAACCACGCCUUCCAUUUCCACUGCAUCUCACGCUGGCUAAAGACGCGCCAGGUCUGCCCGCUGGACAACCGCGAGUGGGAUUUCCAGAAGUACGGACACUGAAAACUCCGAAACCCCCAAGAAGCCGCACCAGAUGGGGCAGCACAAUAGAUUCCUCACGCCCAGCAUACCCUUGCCAUCCGGCAAGUCUGAUGACAGCCUGCUUCAUCUGGACACUCAAACCUUUGUAAUACCUUUUUAGAUCUUAAGCUAGUGGGGCAAGUCGCGUGAACUGGUAACUUGUAACCUUCUGUGCCGCAGUUACCGUUUCCCGCGAUUCCCCGGGAAGCACACCUUUUUGUAACGCGUGAAAUAAAAGCUGUAGCAGAUGGAGAAGACUA